AUGAGCACUCUUGCCGAUGCUCCGGCGGGCAAGGUCGCCUCGUCCUUCGCCAACACCGCAAACUUUGACUCCUUCAAGAAGAACUAUCUGCUCGUCUACUCCCUGGUCAUGAUGUCGGACUGGCUCCAGGGACCCUAUAUCUACCAGCUCUACCGCGACUACGGCUAUGACCUCAACGACAUUGCCAUCCUGUUCAUCACUGGGUUUCUGUCCUCUGCCGUUCUCGGCACCGUCGUCGGAUCGAUUGCCGACAGAGUUGGCCGCAAGACAAUGUGCCUGGCCUUCUGUGUCGUCUACACCGUCUCCUGCUUGACAAAGCUCUCCCCGGCCUUCUCGGUGCUUUUGCUUGGCCGAGUCACUGGCGGAGUCGCAACGUCGCUCCUGUUUUCUACUUUCGAGGCAUGGAUGGUCAGCGAGCACUUUUCGAGAGGCUUCAAGGAUUCUCUGCUUUCCGACACCUUCUCGUGGGCAACUUUCUUGAACGGCCUCGUCGCCAUCAUCUCUGGCGUCCUGGCCAACUUCCUCGCCAACAUCUGGGGACCUGUGUCUCCGUUCAUGGCAUCAAUCGUCUUCCAAGGUGCCGCUGCGGCCGUGAUCUCAACGACCUGGUCCGAAAACUACGGCAGCGAGAAGCCCAAGGCCAGCUCUUCAUCGCUCAAACAGGCCAUUUCGGUGAUUUUCAAUGACUCGAACAUCCGCUCAACCGGACUGAUGCAAACCUUCUUUGAAAGCGCCAUGUACACGUUUGUGUUCCUCUGGUCGCCAGUCCUUGAGAACAUUACCCCGACGUCGCUCUCACUUCCCUACGGCAUCAUCUUUGCCGCCUUCAUGGUGUCAAUCAUGAUCGGCUCGGUCAUCUUCCGUGUGCUCAACGCCGAGCGUAUGAGCCACAAGAUCAUUGCCCGCAAUCUCUUCCUGGCGGCUGGAGUCUCGCUCGUCAUCCCGGCUCUCUUCAUCCAGAAUGCCACGAUUCUGUUUGCCGCCUUCAACCUCUUUGAGCUCUGCUGUGGUAUCUACUAUCCCACCCUGGGCACGAUCCGAUCCAAAGUGAUUCCCGAAGAGAUCCGCGCCACCGUCAUGAACAUCUUCAGAGUCCCGCUGAACCUGAUCGUUGUCGUUACAUUGCUGAAGGUCAAGGAUAUUAGCCAGAGCCUCCUGUUUGUUCUCUGCGCUGCGUCUGUGAUUGUGGCGGCAUACUAUGCCACCAUCGUCUCUGUCCAGACCAAGGAUGUAGUCAAGAUCGUCGACAAGGAUACGACUGAGAUGUCAUCAAUUGCCGUUGCCGAAGACGAGUGA